AUGGUCUUAAAGUACGAUCUACUAGCUGCACUAUUCUCAGUGUGCGCUGUCUUUGCACGCUCUGUCUCCGUUCCCGACUCAAAAUCGAACCCGGACUCGGACUCGGACUCUCUCUCUGGUCCUUCUCUAGCGUCAAGAGCCUACAUGAUUAAGGGUACCAAAAUGACAGAUUUAACCGGCAUCCUCUGGCCAGGCGACGUCGUGUGGUGUCUAGACAGCAGCGAUAACAAGGAACACGAGCUCAUACUCGACAUGGCAGAGAAGAGCUGGAAAAUGUGGAGGGACGUCAUCGGCGACGAAUCCGUGCUGGAGUUCGCUCCCGUGCAUGACAAAAAGCCAGAGUGCAGCAAGUACCGGGGAAAGAUAGAUAUGUUGGAAAUCAAGCUCAACAACGAAAAGAAGAUCUUGUCUUACAAUGGGUAUGUAAAGGGGGACAACAGAUUGGACUUCGACCUUUCGGCUACGUACGGCGCGCGCACCCCCCUUGUCAACUUCGCACACGAGCUGGGUCACGUCUUCGGCUUGUUGCACACACACCAGCAAAGAAGAGCAUGGCCAUCCCUGCUAAAUCUCAACUGCCAGAACCUUGGGGACUACGACCGACUUAAGGAGCGCGGAGUCGACGUGGACAAGAUAUGUGAAGACUUGGACCAGCAGGCCGCUGAGGCCAACAAGUUUUGGGCCGAACAUAUCCUUCCUGACAGCAACGUCCAGAAUGACGUGAUUGAGGACGACAAGUUCGACUGGGAUUCCAUCAUGCUUUACGAUUCCUACGCCUUCGCUAAGCCUGGCACGGUGGCUCUCGUCAAGGCGGAUGGCUCGCACAUUCCUGUCAAUGUGAAACCAUCUAAAGGAGAUGGCGAAGCGAUUCGAACACUGUACCCAGGGGAAGAGAGCAGUGAUUAUGACUCGGACUGA